GGUGGUUCACCUUAUCCGCGAACUGCAGGACGAAAAAUGGCCGAGUUACUUCUUGAAGGUUACAGAAUGCCGAAGCCAACUCACGUGGAUGAUACUCUGUAAGUUCAUUCGCCUGCUGGUUUCUCGUGUUCACUGCACAGUCAAUUUUGAGUUGUUAACGUCGAAGGAAUAGUAGGUUAUUCUGAAAAAUAGUAUGAAAGUAGUGGCGGAUCUAGGGGAGGGGCCGGGCCCACCUUAUUUGUAGACCAAAUUGAGGCCCGAGGGGCCAAAAAAAUUAUUUGGAGCCCGAGCGCCCCCCAUAUCUCAGGGUUUGGAUGACCGGCCCCCCUAUCAUAUGGUCUGGAUCCGGGACUGAAAAGCCUUAGUUAUCGAUAAGACUAUGGUAAAGUGGAAGUAAAUUUUAAUCAGCUUCUCCGGACUUACGUUUCAUGGCUGCAUCUCAACAACAGACGACGUGUGCAAACAAGCGUCUUCGAUCGUUUGGUAAUUCCAUUUUAACUACAAUGCUUUCUUUCCUCUUUAUGAUGCUUAAAAAGGUAUCUUAAAUUUUUCUUUUAGAGAAAGCUGUGUUGCUGUUGUUGUUAUUCCUUUUCCAGAAAGAAAACUUUGCUGCCCGAAUAAAGUUCUUCCAACGUCGUCUUCGAUAGCAUAAUUUACCCUUCGAUUUCCCCACGCCUUUGGUUCAUCUGAGCAGCAACAGCUGCUUUCGUUUUAAAGUAAAACUCUGUUAAUGGCCACAAACAAUUUCCGUUUCUGAUAUUUUCUGAUUUCCAGGUAUUACUCAGAAAAUUCUGGUUACUGUUAAAACGAGACCACUUCCUGUCUUAGUAGAGUUGGCUUGAAAUCUCGCCGAGCAAACUUAGAUCGCGAAGAUGCGCCUGUUAAUCUAACACUGAGUAAUUUGAAAUCUGUUAUAAGAAAUCCAAUCGCCCGUAUACAGUAACAAUAUUCUUCGAAAAAAAAUUGAUCAACACUGCCCAAAAGGUACUUUUCUAAUCCUUUUACUACCGCCUGUAAUCGUAAGCAUUUAAAUGGAGUUUCAAUGUAUAUUUAUAGGUACCAGACGAUGCUAAGCUGUUGGCAAGAGGAUCCUGAUAAACGGCCAACCUUUGAAGCUCUAAGUCAUGAACUAAAGGAGAUGGAAAACCAACCCAAGGUG